UUACAGCGCAGCAAGCUUGAGUUGGCGUUGAUACUUGGCCGGACCCUUGUGACGAUCGCGCUUGGCGGGUGAACGUCUUUCCAUCAUCCGAUCUUCGAUCUCUGAUCUCUCCCCUCUUCCUCCCGUUCUAUUUCAUAACUCCUUCUCGAUAUAUCUGUAACUGCCCAAGUCCUUUCGCUUCUCCAAAGAGAAGCUGCGUACUACAAUGUGCGACACGACCUUCACCUUCGGCCAACGUGGCGACCACUUCUUCCAAUGCCCGUCUCUCCAAGACCACACCCGUCUGCCCAAGAAACUCACAAGUUUCCUAACUUCAUCCCAACUUCAAAAAGUCCACCACAUAACCCUCGGUUUCGAGAAUAGCUUCCUGAUAACCUAUCGCGAUAAAACUGGACACGACCACAUAGAAUCCCGCGGUCUACCCCCCGAGCUUGAGAAUUUCCUCUAUGCCACUCCCCCAAACGGCGCAACUACCCGCAACAUCCCCAACCUCCGCCUAAUCCUCGGGCCCUACAACACCUCUUUCUUCGUGCACGACGGCUCCUCCUACCUCUGGAUGAACCUCCCGCAACCCCUCCUCUCCGCUCUUCAAUCUCGCAUCAAAAAUGGCUCCUGGACCGACAAACCACGCAUCGUAGCCCUCGGUGCAGACGGAAACUUCCUCCUGAUCACCGAGAAACACGCUGCAGUCUGGGACCUCUCGCACUACCGCACAAUCUCCUCGAUGCUGGAAUACUCCCGCACGCAAGACCGUGGCAUCGAAGAGAUCCAUGCCGGCACGCUACAUCCGUAUCGGUAUCAAUGCUUCGUCGCGCAGUCCCGGAACGGUACGCUGCUGCAUGAGAAUCUGCCGCCGCAUCAGGUUGCGGGCGUGGAGGGUAUGACAGCGGCGGUUAUGCGGGAUACGAAGGAGGCGGAGCGGAAGGCGAAGGUGGAGAGGAGACCGAGUUUGCAGCAGCGGGCGAGUUUGACCAGAGAUUGGGGAGAGAGGAAGCAGGAGUUUAGGGCGCAGGCGAACGGGCUGAGGCUUAGUUUGAGCUUGAGUGUUAGCGCGGCGGGGAUUGCGGGUGGGAUAGGCAAAAUGUUGGGAUAGACGAGUGUUAUCAAUAAACGGUGAAGUGUGCUCGGGAGGGAGAGCGGGUUUCGGAUUUUGGCAUUGUAUAUUGUGGGCUCUCAAGCGCUGACUACUGUGAUGGAAGAAAGAUGACAGAGGAGAGAUAGAUAGCCAGGGGGAGUAAAGGAAACUGGAGAAUAAUGACAGGGACUAAGAUCACAUCGCAAUAUAAAACAAACUAAUUUAAACAUCGACC